UCAAGAGUUGCAUCUAAAACGUGUUCAGUCGUUGAGGAAGGAAUUAGAUUAUAUUAAAGCAACAGAGUGGAGGUAUCAGCCAAUUGAUCGGUAUAUGGAUAGAAAUAAUAGAAAUUGAACAUGUUGUCGUUAUUAUAUAACUUUGCAAAGUACGUUGUAGGAGAUAAAUUAUCCACUAAAAGUAAUGAUAUAGAUGAAAUUAACGAUGUUAUAGCUCGCAUUGAAAGUAUGAAGGAAGAUAUACAAAAAGAGGAAUACUUUAAUAAGAAUGAUGGUUCUUACAAAACUGGGAAAGUUACUUUUGUUUCAACUGAUUAUGUUAUGGUUGAUAAUUUAUAUAUAUAUGAUGUAACAGAAGACUGUACAGUAAAUAAUUUAAAAAUAGGUGAUAAGGUUUAUUAUUUAAGCUUGAAAGAAGAUCAAGAGAAUGAUUAUAAAAUAAAAAAAAUUAUUUAUGUAGUAGAUGAAUCAUGGGAUGAUAUGGUUGCAGAAUCUCAAGUAGAAUUUAAUGAAACAGAUAUAUUUAGUAAAUGUAUGGUCGGCAAAGUAGUAGAAUGCCAAAACCGACAGUUAAUCAUUGAACCGAAUCGCAUAUCUGUUAAUUUGAACAACGUACAAUCAGAGUUUGUUCCUGUAAUUGGAGAUUGGUUACAGAUAGAAGCAGAUGUGAAGACUAGUAGUGACAGUUCUGAUUUGAAUGAAGAGAUUUUAAAGAUAAGAAAAAUACAAUGUUUACGAUCAAAGUUGGACCUAGGAACCAUAACCAGUUAUGACUCUGUUAAAGAAAUUGGUGCUAUCGAUAAAGAAAUUGUAUUUAAUAAAAGAAUAUGUGAUUCAGGUUAUAAUCCUUGUGUUGGAGAUAAAGUAAUCAGUGACAGUAUUGAAAGUGACCAAGGAUUUUAUACAUGGCGGUCAUUGUCUGUUGUUCCAAUAGUUCAAGUUUCAAGAAAAAAUAUUCUACCAACAAUAUGUAAUACACCUGUAACAAAACAAAAUUUGAAUGAACUUUUGAAAGAUAAAUAUGGAAUAGUAAUCACUGAUAACUUAAAUAUUGAUCUAAACGUGUUAGAAGAAAAGAAAAUAUCUGUUACAAUAGAAAACACGAGUGACAUACCCCGUGUAUUAAAAAGAGGUUGUUUCAUGAUAAAGAAAGCUCAGUCACAACUAGAAUUAGUGCAGCCAAUAAAACCCAAUACAAAUUUGGUAUUAAAUCCUUCGACUACAUUGACUUAUAUAUUUAAAUGUAAAGCAAAAUUUGUUGGUAUAAGUGAAGAACUGUUUACUUUUAACUUUAAAGAUUUUGAAAUUGGAAGAGUGUUUCGUAUAACAGUUAAACCUAUAAAUACAGAAAAGAAAAUAUACUCUAACAUCAGUAAUAAUACAGCAAGCAAAAAAUAUCAUAUACCUGAUAUAGAUGAAUGGGAUCAAUCAACAUAUAUUCCAGGCAUUCGGCCAUGUAAACCACCAUCAUUUAUUAAAGUACGUAAUGCAAUAUUCAAAGUACCUAAGCGUUAUUGGGAUUUAAUAUUGUCAUGUUUGAAUGAAAAAAAGUCACAGUCCGAAUGUAUACAUGAUGUAGAAAAUGCUGUACCUGUUUUAUUAGGCAGACUUACAUUUCAAUCGUAUAAAGACCGAUUUCAUGCUUUACUAUACUUUGAAGAAAUUACUCAAGCAAUAAAUAUGCAACAAUACAGCAUUGAAAGUACAAUUAUGAGAUCUUGUGGCGAAUAUUUGAUGAUGGAAGUACCUGGUCUUGCUGAGAAACGUCCAUCACUUCUUAUUGGUGACAAAGCUGUAGUAUCCUUCAAAUGGGAUAGUUCUCAUGGAUCACGGAAGUAUGAAGGGUUCAUACAUAAGGUUACAAGUUCAGCGAUUUUUUUGAAAUUUCACCAGAAAUUUCAUGAAGAAUAUAAUAGUGAAGAGUGUCAGGUGACCUUUAAAUGUUCCCAAACUACUCUACAGCGAUGUCAUAAUGCGAUUAAUAUAGCUACUAAUCGUUUGGGACUGAACUUUUUAUUUCCAACUUGUGUAACUGAAAAAGACUCUCAAUUGAAUCUUGAAGAAGAUGAAUUAUCAAGUGAGAUAAUCCCAAAGCUGAUGACUCAUCAAAAAACUGAUUCUAUAUCAUCAGAGUCUUCUUGUACAAGUACUAAUACAUCCAUGAGUAAUAGAUCUAGUAAUACUUCAACCUCAUCCAACAAAAUAUCAGUUGUAGAAAGGUUAUUUAAUGUCAAAUCAACAGAAAUCAGUCCAGACAAAAAUUCAAAGCCGAUAACAUCAAUCCUUUCUGAAAAUACUGAGUUGGAACCAUAUAUUUCUCAAGUGAGAAAACGAAAAUUGAUUUGGUUCAACAAAAGUUUGAAUUACUAUCAGAAGGAAGCUGUGAGGAACAUACUGAAAGGACAUGCACGACCAUUACCUUAUGUAAUAUUUGGACCUCCUGGUACUGGGAAAACUAUUACGCUUUGCGAAGCAAUUGUGCAGAUAUUUUCAACAAUGCCAAGCAGUCGACUAUUAAUUGCAACACCAUCUAAUAGUUCAGCCAAUCUAAUAGCUGAAAGACUGUUAGAUAGUAAAAUUCUUAAACCUGGUGACAUGGUACGGCUUGUAGCUCAUCACUGUAUAGGCAGUGAUUUAAUACCUGACAAGUUAUUGCCAUAUUGUGCUACUGCAGAAUUAGCAGAAGAGGGGACACAUGAAAGAAGAAAAUAUAAUGGAGUAGGGCCAAGAUUAAAUUGUACUAUGAGCAUACUUGGACGACAUAGAAUUACUAUUGGUACAUGUAUCGCACUAGGAAUAUUGCACAACAUAGGUUUUCCUCAUGGACAUUUCACUCAUGUGCUAGUUGACGAAGCUGGACAGGCAACAGAACCAGAAAUUAUGAUUCCACUGAAUUUUAUACAUUCCGAUUAUGGGCAAGUAGUGCUCGCAGGCGAUCCAUUACAACUCGGCCCAGUUGUACAAAGUAACAUAGCUAAACAUUUUGGCUUAGAUGAAUCAUUUUUAGUGAGAUUAUUACGACAUUUUCCAUAUCAAAAAGAUCCUAAUGGUUUUCAAACUAAUUAUGAUCCACGUCUUGUCACAAAAUUAAUCAUUAAUUAUCGAAGUUUACCAGAAAUUGUUGAGUUAUCAAGUUCCAUGUUUUAUGACUGCGAAUUAAAACCACAUGUAUCCUCUGAAAAUAGUAAAGAAGCAAAUCUUUUACGCACAUUAGCUACCGAAUUACCAACAAAAGAAGGAUCACCACCAGCCAUAGUUUUUCAUGGUAUAGCUGGAGAAAAUUGUAAAGACUACGAUAGUCCUAGCUGGUAUAACCCUGAAGAGGCUACGCAGGUAUAUCUUUAUGUACUGAAACUGUACGAAUGUGGUCUUCUGCCGAAUGAUAUUGGAAUUAUAACUCCUUACCAAAAACAGGUUCUCGAAAUUCGUGAUUUACUUAUGCAAUUUGAUGUGGAGUUACCAAAAAUUAGUAGUGUCGAAGGAUUUCAAGGUCAAGAGCGUAAUGUUAUCAUCAUCUCGGCUGUUCGGUCUUCUCUGAAAAUUUGUGGAGAUGAUAAAUAUUCUCUUGGAUUUGUUGCUUGUCCCCGAAGACUGAAUGUUGCAAUUACACGUGCUCGUGCUUUAGUAAUAAUUCUUGGAAAUCCAAGACUUUUAGUUCAAGAUCCAUACUGGAGAAGUGUCUUACAAUAUUGUAUCGAUCAUGAUUCUUAUACUGGUCUGAACUUCUUAUUUACGUAACAAAUACAAAUAGAUUUGAACAAUCUCUUGGCACAUAUCAUGAUAUACUAAUUUUUUAAAAUUUAGUCUUUUUUUGUACAUGCCAUUUUAUAUACACCAUUAUUCAUCUUGUAUUCCUCAUUUUUUGUUUUUACGAAGAAAUGACAUCGAUAAUAAUGAUUAAAACAGUACUUUCAAAAGGA